CGUGUCACGUGAUCGAUCCAAAAUAUUUAAUGGGUGCCAACUCAUCGAUGCGUUGCUGGAACGUCGUUAACGUCGAAUACUCCUUUCGUCGAAAUCGCUUAGUUGCAGUUCGAUGAAAUAUUCUGAAAGAUGCGAGGUGUAAUAUACAUUUUCAUAACGUUGCUCGCACACGUAUACGGUAUCAGAUUUUACCUUGAACCGAACUCUGCCAAGUGCUUGAAGGAUGAGGUUCAAGCGAAUAUCGCAGUUGCCGGAGAAUAUGAAGUUUCUGUGACACCAGCUGUUAGGACCGAGUACAUUAUAAGAGAUUCUAAUAACGCUAUUCUAGACAAAAAAGAUGAUAUUGUUCAUGGAAAAAUGUCGAAGUUCUUAUUUCACAUGGAGAAGUACGAUACGUUUGAAAUUUGCUUUAUGGCUCAUGCCAUACAACCAUCUUUUUCAGGCAAUAUCAAACAGAUCAAGCAAGAGAUUCAUUUAAUUACAAAGCGUGGAAUUGAAGCAAAGAAUUAUGAAGGAUUGAUUGGCGAAGCAGCGAAGCUUAAACCUUCCGAAGUUGAAUUGAAACGUCUUGAAGAUCUUUCUGAGACUAUUGUCCAAGACUUUGCUCGAAUGAGAAGAAACGAAGAAGAAAUGAGAGAUACAAAUGAAGCGACGAAUACACGGGUACUCUACUUCAGUAUAUUCUCCAUGUGUUGGCUUUUGGUUCUUUCAAUUUUGCAAAUUCUUUAUCUAAGACGUUUCUUCAAAGCGAAAAAGCUCAUAGAGUAAUUAGGAACAAAAA